ACCGCUGUCAAAACGGGACCACUUUGAAACGUCACUCAUUUUACGUUUUUAUAAUUUUUUUCCUUUUGAACAGUCAUUCCGGUGUUAAAACUGCAAAUAUUUACACCAGCAAAAGUUUAUAAAAGUCUGUGAUAAACACACAAUAUUAUUGUUGUAAAGAUGUGCUGAUGUAAAAUCGUUCACAGUUAAUUUGUCAGUGUUUGUUGUACCGUGACAAGUGAUUGAAUUAAGAACCUAACAACCGCUCAACAUGAUCUCCUACUGUCCACCGAAUGUUACUUUGCACGAAGUAUGGACGAAAAAUGGCAUGUCACAUUGUUUUGUGGACACGGUUUCCACAUCGAUCAUUGCCGGAUUUCUGUUAAUAUUCGGAACGCUGCAGCUAUUCAUGUAUCGUCGAUAUGCGACGCUCAACGACGAUCUACCGGUUAACAAGCCAAAGUUGUACAAUCUACAGAUUUUCUUAUCGCUACUCGUACCCAUACUAUCGUUUGCACGGUUUAUGUUCCAAAUGUUCUACUAUGACGGUGGAAAAGUCUAUGGUUUUAUGAUCCUCGCUGUAGUUCUAACAUGUUUUGCGUAUCCAUUCUCCAUUUGCCUGUUGGUCAAAGAACGAUACUACUUGCUACCGUCAACUCCGACCCGAGGCCAUGGACUCGUGCUGUUGAUUUUCUGGAGUCUUGUCUUUAUCGUCGAAAAUUUAUCGUUCAUCAAUAUGCGACAUGAAGAUUGGUGGUUCCACUGGCACGGUCCCAAAGACACAGUCGAAAUGACAUUUUUCGUUCUCCGCUACAUUUGCGGACUGUUCAUUUUUAUACUCGGCCUGAAGGCGCCCGGUAUUGUGUCGCCCAUUGAUCAUGAACGUUUAAUCGAUGAAAAUGAUGAAAAUCGUUCGACUUGGGUGAAUGCCUGGACGAAACUGCGCACAUUACUUCCAUUCAUAUGGCCACGGAAUGAUAUGUUUCUGCAACUGAAAGUAAUCAUGUGUUUCGUACUGUUGAUUGGCGGUCGUGUCAUCAAUCUGUAUGUUCCGAUUUACAACAAGAAAAUUGUCGACAGCUUAACGACACCCGAUUUCCGAUGGGACUGGGUCCUCAUUUAUGUUGCCUUCAAAUUUCUACAAGGUGGCGGCACUGGCGGUAUGGGCUUACUGAACAAUCUGCGUUCGUUUUUGUGGAUCAGGAUCAGUCAGUACACGACUCGUGAAAUCGAAGUGGAAUUGUUCCGUCACUUGCACAGUUUGUCGUUGAAAUGGCAUUUGAACCGAAAGACCGGCGAAGUGUUGCGUGUCAUGGACCGUGGAACGGACAGUAUCAACAACUUGUUGAACUACAUUCUGUUCUCCAUUGCACCGACCAUCGUGGAUAUAAUUGUGGCAAUUGUCUUCUUCAUUUCGGCGUUUAAUUGGUGGUUCGGGUUGAUUGUUUUUGUGACGAUGGGACUGUACAUUUUUGCAACCAUAGCUGUAACCGAAUGGCGAACGAAAUUCCAGCGACGAAUGAAUUUGGCUGACAAUGCGCAGAAAGCUAGAAGUGUUGACUCGCUGUUGAAUUUCGAAACCGUCAAAUAUUAUGGCGCUGAACAGUACGAAGUGGACUGUUACCGGGAGGCAAUUUUGAAAUUUCAAGUCGAGGAGUUCAAAUCGAACAUCACGCUGAACAUCCUUAACAUUACGCAAAAUGUAAUUAUUUCAAGUGGAUUGUUGGCUGGGUCACUGUUGUGUGCUUGGAUGGUUGUCGAAAAGCAACAGUUGACUGUAGGCGAUUAUGUUUUGUUUGCCAGUUACAUCAUUCAGUUGUACGUGCCACUCAAUUGGUUCGGAACAUAUUAUCGUGCAAUCCAGAAGAAUUUCGUUGACAUGGAAAAUAUGUUCGACCUAAUGCGAGAAACGCAGGAAGUGAUUGAUGCUCCUGGUGCCGGUGGUUUGGCCGUCGUACGAGGCGGAAUCGAUUUUUCAAAUGUUACCUUCGGUUACACACCGGAACGUUUCGUCCUCAAAAAUGUUAGCUUCAAUGUACCGCCCGGUAAAACCUUAGCCUUAGUCGGUCCAUCCGGAGCUGGAAAAAGUACAAUUGUUCGACUGUUGUUCCGUUUCUAUGACGUCGACAGUGGUGCGAUAUUGGUGGAUGGUCAGAAUAUAAAAACCGUCACGCAAGACUCUUUACGAAGAGCCAUUGGUGUGGUGCCACAAGACACUGUAUUGUUCAACAAUACCAUCAAGUACAACAUCCAGUAUGGCCGAAUCGAUGCGGCCGAAACGGAUGUGAUAUCAGCUGCUCGAAAUGCAGACAUUCACGAGAAAAUCAUGGGCUUCCCGGAUAAAUACGACACUCAAGUCGGUGAGAGAGGUCUGAGAUUGAGCGGAGGAGAAAAGCAAAGGGUUGCUAUCGCUCGAACGAUUCUAAAAUCUCCAUGGAUUGUCAUGCUUGACGAAGCGACAAGUGCAUUGGACACCCAAACUGAACGUAACAUUCAAUCAGCCUUAGCGAAAGUCUGUGCCAAUCGUACGACAAUCAUUGUGGCGCAUCGUCUAUCCACCAUAAUUCAUGCGGACGAAAUCAUUGUACUGAGCGAUGGUCAAAUUGUCGAAAGAGGUCGUCAUGACGAUCUACUGAAUAUUCCGAAUGGAACCUAUGCCGGUAUGUGGCAGAAUCAAUUGCAGAAUUUGGAUGCCGAGCCAAAUAAAGAAGAGACAAAGAAAAAAGAGAAUGGAAAGACGACAGAGAAAUCGGCUAUGCCGCCGCACCAUCACCAUCAUCAUCAUGCAUAGGAAAACAGCGAAUUCGUUAAGUGUUUGAUCGGAGGACGUAUUAUAGAACAAGGUGUAAAUGUUGACUGAAAGUGGAAAUAUAUUUUUUAUCUACUGA